AUGGGUUACGCAAGUAAAGGAAAUGGCUUUGUAUGGGAUGUGGCCUUGAAAGAAUCGUUAUCACUCAAUCAUGAGCGAGUAAGCAUUAUUAGAUGCAACGCAGGCUCAAAAUAUUUUAUUACCUGGUUUCAUAUCUCUUGCUAUUUUCCGGUGUUUACGGCGUGUUUAGGGCCAAUAGCUAAUACAAUAUCCAUAGCGUGCGUGGUAGAAAGAUGGAGGCUUACUAGGAUCUUUGAGAAUGGGAUACAGACAGGUGUGCACUCAUUUAAGGAUCCAGUGGGCAUCUUUGCUUUCAAUGUCAUAUCAUUAGUACUGGGAUUCAUGUCGAACCUUGUUCUACUGUUGCAUUUUAGCGAAAGGUUAAGCUAUCUCAAGGCUCAAUGUAUUUGUAUACUUGGUUGGACUACUGCAAGCUUCAUGCUCUUAAUCGAUGUUAUAGUCUGUGGUACCCGAUACUUUGACGAAAAUCACGAAAAAUCCAUCGGGUUCUGGUAUGCAGUUAUCACAUCAGGACUUUAUUUUGGAUGUACAAUAACUCUUACUACUCAUUUCAUUGGUUAUUUCCUCGGAGUGUAUCCCCCAAGGUUCAAUUUGAUCAAGAACGAGAGAAGUCUAAUGGUUUUCACCGUUUCCUUCUCAAUUAUUCUAAUAUGGGGAGGGGGGAUGUUUUCAAAGCUAUUGCACCUUUCAUUUGGCAAUAGUUUGUAUUUCUGCGUUGUUUCGGUAUUGACAAUAGGUUUAGGUGAUAUUUUACCCUCAUCUGAUGCAACUAGAAUUCUGAUUCUUGUGUACUCCUACCUUGGCGUCAUAAACUUGGCUCUCAUAGUGGCGAUGACAACUGGAAUAAUAAAAAAUGCUGGUUCAUCUGUGGUCUUUUUCCAUCAAGUUGAAGCUUUUCGAGAGAAGGAGGUAACUCGUUUGAAUAACCAUGAAGUUACUUAUACAUCUGAGGAAGCAUUUAACAAGAUGGUUGAAUUCAGGAAGAGAGCACUGUCAAGAAAACGGAUACACUCUUUGCUAUCUGUUCUAUUUGCUUUCAUUAUUUUCUGGAACCUUGGCAGCUUGGCAUUGAAAUUUGCAGAGAAUUGGUCCUAUUUUGAUGGAAUAUAUUUUUGUUUUCUAUGUUUGAUUACUAUUGGUUAUGGUGACUAUGCUCCAGCUUCUGGAGCCGGUAGGGCAUUCUUUGUGCUGUGGGCUUUGGGCGCAGUACCGUUGAUGAGUGCGAUAAUUUCAACAGUCGGUGACAUUUUGCUCGAUCUUUCUGAUAGCCUUGAUCUGUCGAUCGCUAACCGAUUCAGGCCUGGACUUCAAGGUAUAAUGAUUUAUUGUUCAAGAUCCUUUCAAAAGUACGUCUUGAAUACUGAUGAAAUUCUGCCUGAGGACGACACCGAUGGAGUUGAUAGUGAAGAAAAUGAAAGUCAUAACUCAUCCAGUUCUAGUGAUCGUUACCCCAAAGGGGCCACUGAAUGCUAUUCGGACGUCGGUAAUGUCGCGGUACGCGGUCAUACAGAAUCACCGCCCAAAUCAACCAAAUUCAAACGAAAAACUCCAUGGAACCUUCCACACCAAUUCUUCCACAGAAAGGAUGACGAGCAUUUGCUCGGUCGACUAGAGCUAUUUGAUGAAAUGAGACGGCUAGUGAACGCACUUAGAGAGUUCAGAUUUAUUACCAGGCAAAGCAAAAAUUAUUCUCUCAGUUACAAGCAAUGGAAUGAAGUUAAAAGUUUAAACAUUCUCACCCGCGAUCCUACUGUUGCCAAUGAUCCUUCCUUCUGGCUCUCAGACCACAGUCCACUAAGAUUUCCAAUGGACCAGCCCAAGUUUGUCGUCAUUCGCUUACUAACUAGGAUGGAGGAACUUUUUAAGAGUUUCUUUGACGAUGAAGAAGCUUAUCAAAUGCACCCGACGAAAGGAGGUUUGACCAAUCUGUCUACGAAUCAUCAAAAAGCAGGCGAGUUGCCUAACAGACGAUCGAUUGGCCAAAGAGGUCGAUCUCUGUCGAUCUAG